GGAAAUCCGAUCGUUAUGAGAUUUGUUAAAAUGGUCCACCUACGAUUGUUCGCAGGUCAACCAACUUGGCCAUUAACAGCAGCCCGAGAAUUUUAAGUCCUACUCGGCAGAAUGCUCUCCAAGACAGUAAAUUGUUCUCAUAAAAAUGUGACUCACAAUAUCGCAUUGUAAUAUUCAAUUAAAACACUCGUAGAAAGACUGACUUAUUACGGAAGCAGAUUACAAAAGGACGUAUCAUUCGAUUGAUAUUGAUAUACAAUUAAAAUGGACAACCUGCUGAAAGAGCUAGAGGCUCUAAAAAUUAGGGGUGAUUUCUUCGAGGAUAAUUCCUCGUGGACACCAUGCGUGGAUUUGAUUCAGAGGAGUUUUGUACCGCAAAGAACAAUCGGGACAGAGCGUCCAUGUGAGGAGAAAGACUUCAGAGAGUAUAGGCUUGUUGUAGAAAGAAACUUGCGUAAUGUCAGGUCUAUGCUGCAACAUAUUUCUAGCAGUUCCAGGGAGAAGCACUUCCAGCUGAGCAAUGCCACUGGGAUAGUUAGAGCAUUUGGUAUGAAUCUACUGUUGCUCAUUGGAGAACAUAACAAAAAGAAUAUUUGGAACACAGUCGAGUGUGUUUCUAUUUCCAAAGAAUUACUCACUACUUUCUGUGACCUGUACGCCUGCCAAAGCAUCUCACAAUUUUUGUCAGAGAAUGAGAAUUUGCGCAACUUGUUGCUAAUGUUAAGACCUAAAUUAUUAAAAGAUACCUGGAAGACUUACCCAUCAGCUGUAGCAUGUUACAGAUGGUUUUUACAAGAGCCAGAAAAACCAAUUUUAUUUAAUUAUAUCGGAGAUGUCUUGCCUACUGCAUUAAUUAUUCUUGAUGACUAUUUUCCUGAUAAUGUAUUAAUAGGCCUGGAAUGUAUUUAUCAGAUUAUUCAGCAUUCUUAUAUGAAAAAAGGACUAAUAGAUUCUGGUUAUGCUAAAUUGAUUUAUCAUGCUUUGCAACUUUUAACUCAUCAAAAGGAAGCAAGAUACAUUAUUCCUUUGUAUUCCUGCAUGGCCAGUCUUUUAGCUACCAUGGAACAUUGGGAUAAUACCAUAAAUCUAUUUGAGUGGACAACACGUGAUGAAGUUCUCUCAACUUUGAUAGAGAACAUGGAAUUUGAGCAGAACAUUGAAUUGCGGCAUGUAUAUAUGUUGAGUUUACCUCAACUCAUUACUCAUAUAGGCUGUGCCAAAUGGUGCGGAGCGCUCGUUCGCAUACUUACUGAGUACUGUGAACAUCACACAGAUUUACGGACGUUAAAGGCAACAUUAGAGAUGGCAAAGACAUUUCUCUUAAUGUUUCGUCUACGAGUAGCUGCACAUUGCGCCCCACUUUAUACUGUAUUCUUGAAGUUGCAUUUCGAUCUGACGGAGACACCGGUGUUCGAUCGAGCGAUCAUGCAGAAUUUGGAAGAUUGCAUUUGCAUGUUGUAUCAGCUAUCAUCUAAUGUAGGCUAUACAGUAAUUAAUGACGAUCGAAUGCGUUCGGUGCUCAACAGUAGUUUACCGGUCGUAUGCCAGGGUGGUGAUAUUAAAUAUUUCGAAUAAUUUACGAAAUACCUGCGACAGUAAUUGUAUAUAUAAUAUAUUCUAUAUAAUGUGUGUGAAAAAAUGCGCUCAUCAAAAUAUUAUAUUCUCGUGUAAACUUCUGUAGUGCAGAGAUAAAAGUGAACCGUGUUA